AUGGACUCAUAUAACUUAUUUGGUGAUGAUGGAAGCGGUAUGUUGGAAGGACUCACUGAUCUUGGUGGAACAGACAGCUUUGCUGGUAACUCUACAUCUGGAGUAACAGGAGAAAAUAAAGAUAACUCAGAGAAUAGUUACAGGCAACCAUAUAAUCCAAAUAGUGUGGCACAAGAAGGAAAUAUACAAAAACUGGCUUCAUUUGGGGGUGGGGGAGCAAGUGGUUUACCUAGUAGUUCUCAGCCUGUACCAAAUCCUGGAGCAGGUCCACCUGGACCAGAAUAUCACGAUUAUGGUGGCUAUCCUCCAAGACCUCGGCUUCCUCAGCCUCCACAUGCACCACUUCAUCCAUCACACCAUGUACACCCCUCACAUUCCUAUCCUGGCUAUCAUCCGGGACCAGAACCCAUGUACUCGAUACCAGAACAAGGUAUUAGCGACAUGGGUGUAUGGUCCGGCGCACCAGGAGCAAAUAGAUAUUCACCAAUUACUCCAGGAUACAGACAUUCAUAUGAACAUCAACAAAAAAUGCAUCAAUACCCACCACAGCAGGCUGCUGGAAUAGGAGGCUUACAAGCACAAAAUGGUGCAUAUAUACCAAGACAACCACAUUUUCCACAGCCAUCACAACAACUUUAUGGACAACAACAGAACUAUCCAAAUUAUGCACAAAUGCAUCCUCCAUCUGCCACAAGAAUAUCUCAACAUCCAACAUACCAUCAGCAAAUGGAUGUUAAUGCUCACCAAUAUGGAUUACCACAUAAUCAACAGAGUCAUGGUUCCUUACAACAACAUCAGCCUCAUCAAAAUAUGCCUGGCCAUGCUGGAGGUCUUGGACCAGGAAUUCAAAGCCAUCCCAACCCACAUUUACACCAUGCAGGACCCUCACCUUUACAUCAUGUUCCCCGACAACCGCAAGUUCCCCCUUCUUCAGUGGGACCAUCCCAUGCUGUCCCAUCACAAAUGCCUUAUGGGUCUCCUCACCAUGCUGUUCCCAUCAACUACCAGCCACAUCAAGUGCAACAUCCUCUUGAUGUUAAUGUAACUAACCAAUACAGUUCUGUUAAAUCUGGAAUUGAAACUGGAAGUCCUCAGUACAGACCGCCCUUUCCACAGCUAUCACCACAAAUGUCACCACGAGCUCAGGUGUCGCCUAGACAGUCACAAUCGCAACCACAGCUUUCACCUCGACCUGUAAUGUCUCCUGUAAAAGGGCCUAUUGCAUCCCCACUUAGUUCACGUAAUAUACAACCACCUCCUACUUCAGGACCUCCAGUUUCUGCGGCAUUUCCUUCACAAAAUACACUGCAAGCAUUAGAACAAAUGGUUUUACCACCUAGUGGAGAAUACACAUUUCAAAGAAAUCCAUCAUCGCCGGCGGUUGGCCAUAAUAUAGUAUCUUCUCCAACUCAGUGGAAUCAAAAUAAAAUAUCUGCACCUAUUAGUAACACAGUUCAAAUAGACAAUAUUGAACAACCUCAAAAAUCUUUGGAUACUCCUAUGUCAAAUUUGAAGCAAGAACAAGCUAAAGUUCCUACUGUUCCAGUAACAAAUAAUGAAAAUAAAACAUUAGAUAAAAAACAUUCUGAGACUGAUAGAACUCCAGAGGAUACACCACCUCUCAGAUUUUUAACAACUCCAAAAGAAGGGAUUCCAGUUACUUUGAAUAAUCCUCCAAUUACAACAUCAACUGUUACAAAUUCUUUAAGUGUUUCAGCCGAGAAUACUGAACAGAAAGAAAAGAUGAGUCAUAGUCCGCUUCCUACUGAUGGGAUUUUUGAGACUCUAGGGAACACUAAAGAGGAGCAAAAAAACGAUGCUGCGAAAAAUGAAAAUAAAUCAGAAAGUACACAAAAUGAAAUUAAUAAGCAAAGUAACAACAUUAAUAACAGUGAAUCUAUUAUAAAUCAAGGUAAUCUUUUGCCAACUGGAUCUAGCAAAAUAGAUGUUUCUAGUGAACACACAUCAAACAAUACUUCACAAGUAAAUAUUUCGUUGGGGCAUGCACCUCUAGUAAAUACAAUAGUUAAUAAAUAUGAAAAUACAGCAACUAUGAAUGUUCCAAGAAACCAAGGAUAUCAAAGUGGAACGUUUCAGAACAUGCAAAAUAUAGUACCUCAAGGAGUCCCCCCUAGUAUAGUAACGGGUAUCCCAAGUAAUAUGCAAAGCAAUCAAAAUCACAAUGUUACUCCAAAUUUUCAAUCUGCUGCUGGUCCACCAGGCUCAUCAACUUUACCAAAUAUGCAAAGUAGUGUUCAAGCUCCUCACUCAAUACAACAUGCAAAUAUAACUAACACAGUAUCUUCAAGUAUGACUGUUCAUAAUUCACAAAGUAAUAUGACAUGUUUACCAUCUAACGUUCCAAAUAUGCUCGGAAGUGUUCAGCAUUCGCUACAUAAUUCACCAAGUAGUAUUGCUAGUCCACAAGCUAGCGCCCCUUCAACAAUGCCAAGUAUACAAGUAGGAAUGCCCAUGAAUCCUCAGAAUAUACAUGGGAGUAUAGGCCCACCAAACAUGCCAACAAAUCAAACUAAUGUUAUGCCUAAUUUGCCACAUAAUAUUAAUCCAAAUAUGAUUCUAAUGGGAUCUAAUAAUAUGGCACAUCCUAAUAUAUAUCCAACAUCACACCACCAGGAGAGAGCUUCCUUGCAACAACAAAUUCAAGAAAUAUACUGUUUACCACCAUCUAGUGAAAAUCAAGAGAAGGUUAGAUGCUUACAAGAAAGGCUAUCAAUGUUACAACAACAUGAAACAAAUGAUAAAUGUAGUGGUGGACCUAAUUGCUUAUUACAGAAUCCUAUUUAUGGAUCUAAAAUGGUCGAAAGUCCGCAAGUGACGAGCACUACCGGUCGUGGACGUGGAAAGGGCCCUGCCAAACCUAGAAAACCACGAGCCAAAAAGGAUAAACUCACUACAAUGUCACAACCUCUUGAUCAACUACCAGUGUCUGAAGAUUGUGUAACAGCAGGCACAGGUCUACAAAGUAAUUCAGAAAUUGAUGCUGAAGUGAGUGAAGAUAUCACCAAUUUAGAUAGCAGUGCAUUAUCUAUAGAAGAAAUGACUGGUGGAAAAAUUAAAAAACCAAGAGCUCCGCGUAAGAACAAAGAAAGGAAACCUCGUGUACCCAAAGAACUUAAAAUUCCUAAAGAAAUGGGUGACAAACCAGUAAAAGAGAGAAAGAAACGGGAACCAAAAGAUCCGAAUGCACCAAAACGAAAAAGAAAUGUUAAAAAAGCAAUGUCUGAAAUGCAUGCAGACACGACAACUACAUUCAAUGAACAUUUGGAUAAAGAUAAUCCAGAUAAUUUAACUGUUGAUAGUUUUAAUAAAAGUAUGGCCAAUGAUGUUUCAAAACCGAAUAUUUCACUAAUACAAGACGUACCGUCGUUAGAUGAUACAAAUGUUACUGACUUUGAUGAUAUUCCAGUUUCAAAAAUUGCUAUUAAAGAUUUAUUGGAAGAAGCAGAAGCAAAGAAGGAUCUUAUUGACAAAGAAGAUGAUUUUGACCCGACAAACCAAAAGAAAAAACCCUCGAAGAAAAGAUCAUCUGGUGGAGGGAGUUGCAAAAAAUUAAUGAGUAAAAGAACACCUAGUGGAAAGAGAAAGCGGCGUGGUGGAUUGAUACCUGACUCUGACGGUGAACCUGAUGAUCUAAUGUCUACACCACCGCCUUCACCGCCACCAGAAGGUGAUGAUAGCCUUAAACGCCGAUCAGCUAGAAAUACUCAGCGCAAGAAAUAUACAGAUGAUGUACUUCUUCGUUUGUCUGAUGAUGAAUUUACUAUAACAGCCCCUAAACAAGAAAAAGAAUUUGAUGACUUAAACCUUGAAACUAAAGAUAUUAAUAGACCCGAACUUACACCGAAACCCAAUUACAUGUAUGUAAACACUACUGAAGAGGACUCUAUGAUAGUACAACAUGUUUUGGCUUGUCGAAUGGGUAAAAGAGAAAUUAAAAUUGAAGUGCCGCCUGCUAAUGAUAAUUUACCAAAACAAGACAAAGAAGACACAGUGGACAAUGUUGUUAAAGAAAGUUCUGAUGAUGAACCACAGAACAAUAGCGAUGAAAUUCCAAAAGAUCAAGAGAUUCUCACAAAUGAAUCUAAUGGUGGAGAAAUACAAAAGAAAGAAAUAAGUAAUCAAGAUGUAGAGAAAGAAAAAGAAAAUUGUGAAAAUAAGAAUACCAAACCGGUAAUAGUAGAUGUGGAAGAAUAUUAUGUUAAAUACCGCAAUUUUUCAUAUUUGCAUUGUGAAUGGAAAACGGAAGAAGAACUUUAUAAAGGCGAUAAACGUAUAUAUUCAAAAAUAAAACGUUUUAAACAAAAACAGGCCCAACAGAUGAAUAUCUUUGAACUUCUUGAUGAUGAACCUUUCAAUCCUGAUUAUAUUGAAGUAGAAAGAAUUUUAGAUAUGUCAGAAAACCAAGAUCCAGCAAACAAUACAGUUGUAAAACAUUAUUUAGUUAAAUGGAAAAGUUUGCAAUACGAAGAUAGUACAUGGGAGCUAGAAGAAGAUAUUGAUGUAGAUAAAAUUAAGCAGUACAAAAUAUUUAGUGAAUUACCGCUAAAAGAGAAAUGGAAAUUUAAGAAACGUCCAUCUGCUGAUCAAUGGACUCAAUUAAAAGAAUCUCCUCUAUAUAAAGGUGGCAACACACUAAGACCUUAUCAAUUAGAAGGUUUAAAUUGGUUAUUAUUCUCGUGGCAUAAUAAUCGAAAUUGUAUUUUAGCCGAUGAAAUGGGAUUAGGAAAAACAAUCCAAAGUUUGACGUUUGUCAAUUCCGUUUGGGAAUAUGGAAUACGCGGACCUUUCCUUAUAAUCGCUCCUCUUUCAACUAUUCCUAAUUGGCAGAGAGAAUUUGAAGGUUGGACAGAAAUGAAUGUUAUAGUUUAUCAUGGCUCUCAGCAGAGUAAGAGUAUGAUUCAAGAGUACGAGUUUCAUUAUAAAAAUGACAAAGGAGAGCCAAUUAAAGAAAUUACCAAAUUUAAUGUGUUAAUUACAACUUUUGAAAUUAUAGUAACAGAUUUUCAAGAAUUAAAAUCGUUUAACUGGAGAUUAUGUGUGAUUGAUGAAGCUCAUAGAUUAAAAAACCGGAAUUGUAAAUUAUUAGAAGGUUUAAGACAGCUUCAUUUAGAACACAGGGUUCUGUUAUCAGGAACACCUCUACAAAACAAUGUAAAUGAACUAUUUUCUUUACUUAAUUUCUUAGAACCUUCUCAAUUUUCUAGUAGUGAUGCAUUUUUAACAGAAUUUGGUCAAUUAAAAUCAGAGUCAGAGGUAUUAAAAUUACAAGCUCUUUUAAAACCAAUGAUGUUACGGCGAUUAAAAGAAGAUGUCGAAAAAACUCUAGCUCCGAAGGAAGAAACAAUUAUUGAGGUGGAAUUAACAAAUAUACAAAAAAAAUAUUACAGGGCUAUUUUAGAAAGAAACUUCAGUUUUCUCCAAAAAGGCACUGCAUCUGCUGCAAACAUUCCUAAUCUAAUGAAUACUAUGAUGGAAUUAAGAAAAUGUUGUAUUCACCCAUAUUUACUGAAUGGUGCAGAGGAUCAAAUACAGUUUGAUUAUAAACAGGCCAAUGGAGAAGACAAAGAAGCUUAUUACAAAGCACUUAUAGAUUCUUCUGGAAAGAUGGUUUUAGUUGAUAAAUUGCUACCGAAACUGAAAGCUGGGGGACAUCGAGUUUUAAUAUUUAGUCAAAUGGUACGAUGUCUUGAUAUCUUGGAAGAUUACCUGGUUUUUAGAAAAUACCCUUAUGAGCGUAUUGACGGGCGAAUAAGAGGUAAUUUAAGACAAGAAGCUAUAGAUAGAUUUUCAAAACCCGAUUCCGAUCGAUUCGUCUUUUUGUUAUGUACAAAAGCGGGUGGAUUGGGAAUUAAUUUAACUGCUGCCGAUACUGUCAUAAUUUAUGAUAGUGAUUGGAAUCCACAAAACGAUUUGCAAGCACAAGCGCGUUGUCAUCGAAUUGGACAGCAAAAAAUGGUAAAAAUAUACAGAUUAAUAUGCAGAAACACUUAUGAGCGGGAAAUGUUUGACAAAGCAUCGUUAAAACUCGGAUUAGAUAAAGCUAUUCUGCAAAGUAUGAACACUGCACAAGGGAAAGAGACAGGUUUAAAGCAAUUAUCGAAAAAAGAAAUUGAAGAUCUUUUAAAGAAAGGAGCUUAUGGUGCUGUUAUGGAUGAAGAUAAUGCUGGAGAUAAAUUUUGUGAAGAAGAUAUUGAGAUGAUUUUGGCGCGCAGAACUCAAGUUAUUCAAAUGGAGUCUGAAAAAGGUUCUACAUUUUCUAAAGCUAGUUUUGCUGCUACUGAUCAACGAUCUGAUAUUGAUAUAAGAGAUCCUGAUUUUUGGAACAAAUGGGCCAAAAAAGCAGAAAUAGAUACAACAGAAAAAAAGGAAGACGAAGAUCUGAUAGUAACUGAACCAAGAAAAAGAACUGUCAUAAAAAGAUAUGGUCAUGAUGAUGGCCCAAUGGAGAUGUCUGAUAUGGAAGCAACUCCUGACUCUGAUGAAGAUGAAGAAGGUAUAAGUCUCAGAAGUAAACGAAAAAAAGACAAAUUAGGCAGGAAAGGUAGAAGAUAUGCUAGUGACGACUAUGUCCCUCGACAUGAAGGUGUUUCCAUUGAUGAAGAGGUAGUUUAUGGAUCUUGGACUAGAUCUGAAUGUUUUAAAAUUGAACGAGGUCUACUAACAUUUGGAUGGGGACGGUGGGAAGAAACUCUGGAUAAAAAUCAGUUCAGAAAAGGAUGGACUCUUCCCGUAAUCGAAGACUGUGCACGAAUUAUCGUUCUUUAUUGUUUACGUCACUAUAAAGGAGAUGAGAAAAUAAGGAAUUUUAUUUGGGAUCUUAUUGAACCAUGUGAAAAUGGUGAAGUUACAAUAUCAAGAAAUCAUAGUGGACUGCACAAUCCGGUACCACGAGGUAGAAAUGCAAAGAAAAAAAAUAGACUUAAAGAUAUUCCGAAGGCUCAUGAUACCCAAAAAUGGGAAGAUCCGGGACACUGGAGUUCAAUUGAUAAAUACGAUUGUGAAGCCUAUUUGGAAGGCAGUUAUAAAAAACAUUUGUAUAGACAUGCCAAUAAAGUAUUACUUAGAGUUCGCAUGAUGUACUAUAUAAAACAUGAAGUUAUUGGGGAUUAUUCCAUACAAAUAGACAAUGGGACUCAUGCAAGCACGCUGGGCAUGCGCGUGCCGCGCGGCGUGGACAGCGCGCCGCCGCGCCUGUGGUGGGACGCGGAGUGCGACGUGUCGCUGCUCGUGGGCACCUACCGCCACGGCUACGAGAACUACCUCGCCAUGCGCUCCGACCCGCAGCUGUGCUACGUGGACAAGCUCGGCCCGCCCGACGACGCCGAGUGCACGGACAUUAAAAGCGAAGAGAGGAAGGUGCUCGGCAGCGUGGCGGGCGACGAGGAGUGCACGGACGACGUGUCGAGCGGCGCCGGCGCGGCCUCGCCUGCGUCGCCGCGCGACGACGACGCCGCGCCCGCCGCCACGCACCUGUGGCCCUCCAUGCAGGACCUCAACACGCGCCUGCGCCGCCUAAUCACGGCCUACCAGCGCAACUACAAGCGCGAGGAACUCAAGCUGCAACAGCGAGCCAAGAUGGAGCGCCGUGAGCGAAUGGACCAGCUUGCACGAGAUGAAAUUUCUCAAUGGUGUUGGACUCGUGCAGACGAAGAAGCUUUUAGAAGAACUGUGGCUUCUUAUGGCGUGGAGUUUGAUCCCGCAACUAAAAGCUUACGUUGGAGUCGAUUUAGGUCAUUAGCAAGACUGGAUUCCAAGAGUGACGAUGCCUUAACUGAUUAUCUUAAAGCUUUUAUGGCGAUGUGCAAACGUCAGUGUGGUCUGGCAGUGGGAGAAGCAGAGCUACCUACUAGAGCUGAUUUGAAAGCAGAGCCAAUAGGCGAGGAAAGAGCUAUAGCUACUUUAGAGAGAAUUGAUUUACUCCGCGUGUUGCGCGAGGAGGUGGCGCCGCACCCCGCGCUGGAGGCGCGCCUGGCGCUGUGCGAGCGCUCGCUGGACGCGCCGCCCUGGUGGCAGCCCGCCAGGCACGACAAGCUCUUGGUGCUGGGUGUGUGCAAACAUGGAUUAGGAGACACCUACAAUAAACUUUUUUGCGACCCAAAAAUGCCUUUCGCGGAUGCUGCUAGAAAAUGGAAUGCUAAAUAUAAAACAACGACUAAAAGUGAAGUUCAAAAACCUGCCUCUGACGACGAAGAAAAAACUACUCCUGAAGCAGAACCCCGAAUGUCCUUACGGCGCAGUAAACGUACCUCGAAUGCUCUCGAUCGUGAUAACGACGACGAUACUGACGCGCUAUCUGAACUAGAAACAUUAGCAAAAUUGGGAAGAAUAGAUGAAACGUUGACACCAGAACACUGGUUUUCAGAGAGAGCUCUAGAAACGAGAUUACAUCACAUCGCUCAUGCAGUACAAAACUGCGAAUGGCCGUCGACAUCGGCAACCACAAAGUGUGGCGAGGGAACACAAGCUACUGAUACAUUAGACGAUCGUAAGCAAAGUCAAAAACGUCACAUUGCAAUUGAUGUAGAGACAGAGCGAGCGAAACUACACGCACUUCUCUCAUCACCUCAAGCCGCACAUUCUUCGUCCAGGGAAACUCAUAGGCCUCCAACGGUGCUCAAUUUAGACAGAGAUGACGCGUCGAGUGACUCGGGGUCGCGACGCUCGACGCCGGCGCCGCCGCCCGCGCACCAGCGCGUGGCGCCCUCGCCGGCGCCCUCCGUGCCGCCCUCGCCCUCCCCGGCCUCCGCUGCCGCCGCGCCCGUCGACCUCUCCGCCCCGCUCGAUCUAAGUGAAGCGCAAGAUUUCUCCAUAGGUCGUCGGACACCGCAAGCGGACAAUCCAACUGCUACAGCUUCGUCCACAAAAAGCAGGCUAGACGAUACGCUCACAAGACUGAUGAAAAGAAAAAAUGUGCCGGCACCAGAACAGAUAGUUAGUAAAGAAAAGAAAAGAAAGAAACUAGAUGAAAUUGUACUGGGACUUUCUGCUGCGAAAGGUCGUAGUCCAAGUUCAAUAAGUUCAUAUGAUCCUCCUCGAAGUAAAAGUUCGUCAGUAUUGCCUGAAGUAACUGUAACACCUGCAGCGCCGCCCAGCAGCGCCAGCACUCCUCCUACACAAAAACCAUUCUCUGUGACCGUCACAAAUGUACCAUCACCACAUUCGUCAACAAAAGAGUUAUCAUCCUUCUUACAACAAUCACUAGAACAGACUAGUAAAACCCAGAAAGCAAGUACUUCCACCUCAACGUCAACUACUCCUAAACCGUACUCGCACGAAGCUAAGGUAAAUAAAUGGUUAGCCGAACAAGCUAAUGUCGAUACACGGAGACGUGGACUGACGCCGCGCUUGGCUCCUGAUGAGCAUGUUCCCGUAGUUCAUCGUGUUACGGGAAAACGUUUAAUAGGCCAUAAAGCACCACAACUGAAACAUCUGGCUCAAUGGAUCGCCGAGAACCCUAUGUACGAUAUCGAUUCUAAAUGGACAGAAGGAAUAAAAGAGCAUGUGAAACUGCCACAAGAUGUCCGCAAUCCGAGGCAUUCUCCUAUGCAACCAACAAGUUCCGCACCAGAACGUAAAAAAGGUCGACCGCCGACCUUGGAUAGUACUUCAACUAAUGUUUUGUCUUCAAAUACAAAUCAUUUAAAUCAGAACCUUUCCAGUCUAAACCCUGCGUUGUUGGCCAGCUUAUCAAGCCUAAGUGCCUUCGACCCAAAGACGUUAGCAGCUACUUUGUCUAAUUUAACUGGAUUUGAUCCAAAAUUACUGUCUAGUCUGAGUAGUUUUGAUCCUAAAAAUAAUCCUCUUCUUAAUUCAUUUAGUAGCAUGCCCAAUUUGCUAGGCAAUAUAACUGGUGGAAACAUAUUUGCAAAUUUAGCUGGAUUAGGAUUACCUGGCUUUCCAUCUCUUGAUAUGAACACUCUCGGAGCAACAAGUGGGUCAUCCGAUAGUAAAUCUAAAACAAGGAAACCAUCAGAGACCGGAAGUUCGUCUACCUCAAAAUCAAAUAAUUCUCAGUUCCCAUUUGUAUUUCCAAAUCCUAAUAUGCUAUAUCCUCAGCUAGGUUUAAGUGGCCUGUCACCAUUUGGAGUCCAUUCAGGCAUGUCUUCUGCAUAUGAUGCCUUAGGUUUGCUAAGUGGCAAUCUAGCUGCUAGUUCCAGCUCUACAACACUCCAUAGUUCAAGUCACAAUGCUCGCAGUAGCACGAAAACUACUGCUCCUAGAUCUUCUACUGUCGUAACAAAUUCUUCCACAUCUCGCCAACAAAAAGUAUCAGAUCGCACUCAAUCAAGCCAUCUACCUCAAAUACUACUACCUCCCGAUCCUUACCUACUGGAAUCUCUCUCUAAACAGACAAUGAGUUACGACGCAGCCUUGAAAGCUGAUAAGAGAACUCGCGAAUCAGAAUCGCAUGAGUCCAUAGCUACGGACCUGUCGAAAUCUGACAAAAAGAAAAACCCUUUUGACCCACUCAGAGCACAAAUGCCGCCUGAAUUUGCAGCUGUUCAGGAAAAGCUGCUUAAAGGUGAUAAAAAGGACAUAGAUAUCAGUAAAAUGUUAUUGGAACAAAUGGCUUCAGGUGCCUUGAGUGCCAGUCUUGUGAGUUCCGCAGAAGCUAAAAAGUCGAAAGAUAUUGAUAAGGACACAUAUGAUAAGCUUGGGAAACCUCCAGAAUAUAUGACUCGUGCUCCAACUGAUGACUCCACUUCCACUGUGACUCUUGCACAUAAAAGGGCAAUAGACGAAAUCAGCAAUGAACCGGAAAAUUUAGCUGUACAAUCAAGUGCGAAAAAAUUAAAAGAAAAUCCAUCUGAACUGAAACAAUCUGAUUCUACAAAUACUGGCGAGAUGGACUUAGAGGAUUUAAUAGCGCCUUCAACUGUUAUAAAAACUGGUAUGAAAGCUAGUGAUUUUGACAUACGGCCUUCGGAAUCCACUUCUUUAGUUAUGGCACAUUCUGAAAGGGAUGACAAAGCCCAGCAGAGCCCUUUACGGGAGAGAGAAAUGCAAAAUGAUAAUGAAAAUUCACAGAAACUUGAUUGUACUAAACAUGAAAUUGAUAAAGAAGACAAUUCCAUCGAUGAUAUCAAUACUGGAGACAAUUCAAGUGAAAGUGCUCGCAGAAGUAAUAAAAAGAAGGGUCGAAAAUAUUCAGAAGAUUCUACUUUUGGCCCACGCCGUGAACUAAGAUCAAGUUCUGGAAGACAAUCAACAGAAUCGACUUCAAACCAU